AUGGAUCUUGCGGGUCGAGAAAGUCGUAUCAGAGAAUUGGAAGCGAUCAAUAAACGCCUUAUGGAACAAAUUACUGAGAUGGAGAACGCAGAAGAUGAAAGGCGAAUCGAACUCAUCGCUAAUCGACGUGUUCAGAUAACAUUACAGAGAAAGGUGAAACUUAUUAAAACAGCAGCCUUGAAGUCGAUUGGUUCCCUUCAGCGUUUCGUUGACGUGAUUGAUAAAAGUACCGAUAACAGUAUGGCACUCUCUUCGUCACAGUUAUUCGAGAAAGAGCAUUCGCCGAUUGUCAAAACAUCCCUACUCGAAAUUGUUCCGGAAUCACCAUCAUAUUCGCCACAUUUCAUGCCUCUAAGCUCGCUGAAUUCAGCUGCGUCUGCAUCACAACCGUUGUCUCCUCAAGAACGAAAACGAUCUAUGGAAAAGGAGGACAUUUCGAUGAAAAAAAUAGCAACAAUGGCUCAAGAACACGUUGAAUCGCCAGAUGUGGAAGUGCUCGAGGAUCAUGUAGCAGCAGAAGAAUCUCCAGUCGAUACAGAAACUCGUGGUGUUUUGUGUCCGUACGUCACUGGACGAUCUAAGCGUCGAUCACCGUCUGUGGGCAAUAGAGGGUUGGCGAUUCUGCCGAAUGGUGCAGCUGUUUCGUUGCAAGAUGUCUCAUCAAUUUCGUUAGCGGAAAGUCGGAAUUCCGAAGAACAAGAGAAUAGUCGUAACGGAGCGGACGAGUGUCGUUCGAAUGGUUCGUCGGAGCAGGACAGUUGGACCUCCAGGGCACCGUUUGAGAGAUGCUCAUCCGGAAGACCAAUGAGGAGAGCUGCUUCAAAAAUCAAGUCGCUGAAAGAACCCAGCUGCAACAGGAAAUUGAGACGGGAGGAAUAG